GAAAGAAAAAGAAGGGGCUGGUGGAGGAAGAAGAGGAGCGGGGAGUGGGAGCAAACAGGGGGAAAACACUUCAAGAAAGCAUAGACAGGAGAGGAAGGACAGUACCUGGCGCUUUGGACACCCCCCUCCUUUCUUCUCUCAGGCUGUCACAAGCAGAUUGGACUCCGAAGGACCGACACCGCGUCCAACCCAGACCCCAUGGGGUAACAGCAGACGUUUGGAGGAGAGGCUUUUGUUCAGCUACACAGAUGAACAACAGGAAGGAGGACAUGGAGAUCUCCUCUCACUACCGUCAGCUCCUCAGAGAGCUCAAUGAGCAGAGGCAGCAUGGCAUCCUCUGCGACGCCUGUGUCAUUGUGGACGGAAAGAUCUUCAAAGCCCACAAGAAUGUCCUCCUGGGCUCCUCGCGCUACUUCAAGACUCUCUACUGCCAGGUAAAGAAAGGUGCAGAGCCUCACCACCAGACUACUGUCACUCACCUGGAUAUCGUCACGGCGACAGGCUUUAAAGCAAUCCUGGACUUUAUGUACUCAGCUCACCUCGCCCUCACCAGUAAGAACGUGAUAGAGGUGAUGUCCGCUGCCAGCUACCUGCAGAUGACCGACAUUGUCCAGGCAUGCCACAGCUUUAUCAAGGCUGCACUAGACAUCAGCAUCCGCACCGAGAUGGCAGACGAACUGGCCGAUUUUGAGAUGGGAGCUGUUGCUGCAGCUGGUUUAGGUGGAGGAGGAGGUGGUGGAGGUGGUGGAGGAGGAGUAGGUUUAGUAGGAGCAGGGGGAGUUGUGGGAGCAGGUUUGGGGGGUGCAGGAGCAGGAGGAAUAGUGGGAAUGGCAUCUGAAGCCCUGGCCUCCAUCAUGUCUGGUCGCAGCACCUCUCCCUGGCUGGCUCGCCGCACCAGCCCCACCAACUCCUCCGGGGACUCAGCCAUUGCCAGCUGCCAUGAGGGAGGCAGCACAUACAGCAAGGAGGACCAAGAGCCCCCCAAGAGCCAUGAGAGCCAGGAGGAAGCCUGCCAUGACUCGCAGCCGGCCUGGCCGCAUGACUACAGGCCCGUCACCGUCAAAGAGGAGCAGGUGUCUCCUGCCUCCUCCUCCCACCCAAGGGACACUCUCAGGGGGGCUGCACAGAGCCAUGGGGAGCAAGGUGCUGGAGCACCUGCAGGAGGAGGAGGUGGAGAUGGACCCUGGCAACCCAUGGCAGGAUCUGGGCGUAGGAAGAACCGGAAGAACAAGGACACUGUCAGACAUAUUACCCAACAAACCGAGAGGAAAUGGGACAGGGAGAGAGACCGGGACAGUAGGCCUGGGUCUCCUUUGCCUUCCAUGCUGGCUGUGACUGGAUGGAACUACAACGGACAGGAAAUCCCAGGGGCUGACGUGACCGAGCCCAACAGCUCAGACAGCCGCGGUGAACGCCUCGACUUCUUCCUCAAACAGGAGGAGGCUCUGACCACAGAGCACAGCUACCUGGAGGAGGCCGGAGGAGGAGGCGGGGGUGGGAUCAUGUCGUCCGUAGCCAAUUUAAAGGCGGCGCUGAUGAGUAAGAACAGCCUGCUGUCGCUGAAGACCGAGAUGAUGGGAGAUGAUAACCCCUUACUGUAUGAGUACCUGCCCAAAGGAGGACACUCCCUAUCAUUGAAUGACUUCACAGUGAUCCGGAAAAAGUUCAAGUGCCCCUACUGCAGUUUCUCUGCUAUGCACCAGUGCAUCCUUAAGAGACACAUGCGCUCCCACACCGGAGAGAGACCCUACCCCUGCGAAAUCUGUGGCAAGAAGUUCACCAGGAGGGAGCACAUGAAGAGGCACACACUGGUCCACAGCAAAGACAAGAAGUAUGUGUGUAAAGUGUGCAGCCGCGUCUUCAUGUCAGCCGCCAGCGUGGGAAUCAAACAUGGCUCGAGGCGUCACGGCGUCUGUGCCGACUGCUCCGGCCGGGGCAUGGCAGCCCUGCUGGACCACAACGGGGAAGUGGGAGGAGACAUCUCCCCGGAGGAGGAGCUGUAUCCUGUCGACCGCUUCCACGACGACCCCGUUGAGUGCGAUGGUGAUGGAGAGGGGGAGGAGGAGAUGAUGGUGGAGGGGGACGGGGAGAUGAUGGUAGAGGGGGGGGAGGAGGAGGGAGGAGGAGGAGGAGUAGGAGGAGGGGGAGGUGGAGGAGGAGGGGGUGAGUGGAAGGACUCAGGGAUGGGCGCUGAGGCACACAGAGCACUGGACAAUGAGAAAGAGGAGAGCGACUCCUCGGCACAGGAAGGGGAGCAGCAGAACGGGAGUGAGAGGGACUUUGCCUGGAUCUCCUAGAAUCGGCCCGGUUCCUCUUAGCGGCUCCUUCGACCAAUCUCUGAAGAUCUCUUGUGAUCUUUUGGGCAGAUUCACUGCUCCUUUUACCCACUGGUCCCAGCGUGGGCAGGCCUUCCUUUGAACGGAAAGCUGAAGGGUGAUGCGCGACAAUGAUCUCAAACACAUUCAAAUACACGCACACAAACACCAACACCCACACACUUAGGCCAAUCUCUGCCAUCACUGAAGAAGAAGUGGCGAAGAGAUGGCUCAAGGCUUUUUCUGCUUACCUCCUUUACUUCUGAUGCAGUGUUUUUGUGUUUCUUUUUGUCGAGGGUUCAGGCCAGAGUCCAGUAGUUUUCUACUCUGUCACAACAGGAAUCAACGAGGACGCUGCCAAGGACGCUAAGACUGCAACUUUGUAUGUUUGCCAUCACAAUCACCAUGGAAACCAAGGAUCACUGACUGACUGUGUAGGGAAAUAGCCAGAAAGGGAAGUGAAGGCUGAAAAAGUCUCUCUGCGAGUGAAGGGAGUCUUAAAAUCUAUUGCAAUGCUACAUGUGUCAGAGGAGCGGGGCGGCUCCGUGGCACACUGUUGAUGCAGAGUCCUACUGCCACAGACUUGCACUUUAACGACAACUGACUCGUAUCAAAGCCCUGAACCCGUGGUUUACAUUUUUGAUCCGAUCUUUGCUUACCUAAAACGACUCGGUGACCGCACCUACCUUUAAGGAUUAAUGUCCUCUUGACUGUUAUCACGAUAUAGAAAUCACUGAAUCUUUGUGCAGAUUGCUGUUUAUAGAGCCUAUGCCUUUCAGUGGGGUCCUUAAUCUUUUCUUCACUUAAGUUUACCACACGAUUUCUCUGAAUCCAUUCCAACAAUAGAAGACUAAUGUACAUACAGUUUUGGGCUUUUUUUAAGGAGAGGAGUAUGAGUGAGGCAGAGAGAGAUUGAAAGAGAUUUUUACACAAAAGUGGACUUAUUUUUGUCCCUGAUUGGAGAAAUCAAGCACACAUUUAAUCCUACACUCUGAACUCUUUCCGUCUCUCUGGUGCAGUUUCUCUCACAGCGAAAGGUUGUGAUGAUCGGACCUAUGGAGGAUCAGCCUUUGUUUUUCUAAAACUUCUUUUUUCUGUUCUUUGGUCAGUCAUGUAAUUCCAGUUCGUCCGUACAGAAUAUGCAGACUCUUCUCUGGUUUCUCUUUCUUUUUCGUGGUAUAUUUUUCUCUGGCUUUGUAAAGGUUUAAAGAAGAGGAAUCAAAAAUUGUGCUUGAACUUCGUAGAGUGUAAUAAUUUGUUUUGUUUAACAGCUAUUUAUUAUAAAAACCUGUUUGUGGAUGCCUAAUUUUUUGAGAAGUCGAUCCCGUCUCCUCCUUAAUUUUCUGUGUAUGUGCGUGCCAGUUCAAAAGGGACAGGGUGGAUGUUUGUAUGCAAGAAUGUUUGAGCGUCCAGUGUCCAAAAAAAGUCUAUAUUAAGUUCUUAUGAUUAUUUCCUUGUUUUUGGUGAUAUUGACAAUUCAAGUGAGGCAGAUGACGUCUUAUUAUUAUUAUUAUUAUUAUGAGUAUCAGAACUAUGAUUAUUGUUGUUGAUGUUCCUAUUAUUAAUUAUUAUUAAGUGCUGGAUGCUAAGCUUUAUUGUGUGUUCUUUUUUUGAUAUUUUAUAUCUUGUAUAAGAAAAAAAAGCUUUUAUACUUUGCCUUGUUGUGGACAGCAAGCCAUGGGGCUUUUAUCGACCUUUUCUUGUGCCAGUUUACGCUUUUUCUGUCGUAUUUGCUUUUUUUUCUACAAAGGGGAAAAACAACUUCACUGUCAAACCUCUCUGUUAGAUAUUGAUUGAAACAUAUAAUCCGCACAUGCUUUUUUUGCAUCACUAAUGUACACUAAUUGAUGAAUAUGGAACCAAAAACGAUCUCGUACCUUGUAUUCAUGAAGUGCUUUUGUUUCACCGUCUGUGUGUGCAGGUGAUUUUUGGAUUUCUUGCUGUGGUUAACCAGUUUUUUUGUCGUUGAAUUGUUUUUUACUUUUUGUCACAAUUGUGUAAAAAAAAGUGCACAUGUUACAGUGUUGUGAUAUGAAGGGCUGUGUGAAAGGAAAUCAAGAAGAUGUUUUUCUUCGUUUCUCACGCCUCGCAUGAAACACAAUCAAGCAGAAAUGCAGCAUGUCCGACUCGUGUUGAGUUUACAUGCUGUAUUUCUAUCUGCCGGUGCUUUACUGGCUCAACUUGAUCGUUUCCACAGUGGGAAAGUGAGCACUGCAGCAGUUAACUCUGGGAAACAUUUCGUUGCCAGUGCUGGUUGCACUCAUCAGGCUGCCAUGGACUGCACUUCCCAUCAUCCCCCGCUGAGAAACUCAGUACAAUCUGCUUCAUCUCUGGCAACUGUCUAUUUAAUUUCCGCUAUUUAUUCUGUUUUUGUUUGACCCAUUAAUCAAGUCAUUUUAGGGUGAAAAGUAGGGGGUGAGAUUUUUUUAAUGAAUGUCAAUGUUGGGUGUGGAAGGAGCCCAUGAUCGGUGACAAAUCUCUGUCCUGUGGUGCUGAUCCAGCCACAUUUGGAUGAAUGUGUGACUCCCCGGCCCUGCGCUCUUCUCACGACCUGUACUGUACGUCUUCUUCCUCAUACCGGGUUGUAACUUCAGGAAAAAUACAAAAACAAAACAAAAACACGUCCGCCAUCAACCCCUCAAUAUGUGCCUCAAUGACAUUUCACCUUGUGUGCUUGUGAGCGUGCUUGUUUGUCGACGGAUAGAGAUUGAACUGAGAUCAGAUUAGAGGUGCAAAAAGUUAAAUCUUCAAGAGACAAAUCAUGAUGGGCGACUCGAUUCUCCUUCCCACCGUGCGUCUGAUGACCUUUUGUGCCCUGAUUCUGUGGUCUUAAUUGCAUGCCUGUGCUCAUUUUGUCAUACCAAAGCGACGUCCUCGGCAUCUGCACACAACUGUCUCAUUCCACACGAUGCAAAACUGGAACUGUUUUCUCUCCUGCAGAUGAUUAUGGGUAUUCUUAGACGUGUACAAAUUGCAAUCCUCAUUUAGCCUGUAUAGCUUGAUUCACAUUGCAAAUCAUGAAGCCAUAGAUAUGGGUAAAUCUAUAUGAUACUAUAUUUCAAAAUUGGCGCUUUUUACUUUAGAUUUUGUUCUUCUACUAAGAGUGAUGUGUGUAUACCUUCAUAUAUAUGAAUUUAUAUUACUAUUAUAUAUUAUUUAUUUCUCUCUCAAGCUUCAGAGGGGCUUUGAUUUGUAAAAGGUCGCACUUGAAGCUUGAGCUUUGUUUAUUUUCAUUGGGAAUAUUGUUCAAUAUGAUACUGACUUUAUAUUGAUGAUUAUCAUAAACCUGUGUUUGUAACAAAAUGUGUUAAAUAAUCAAAAAAACCUGUCCUGUUUUUACACCUGUUUUUUUCUUUUGGGCAGAUUUAAGUGCUCUUGUGCAGACAUUUUUUUUUUUGGUUGACAGUACUGAUCACAAAAACAUUUUUACAGCUAACCAUGAGCCUCCUGUUUUUGAUGUUGGGGCCGGCCCGGCGGCCGUGUACGCCUCUUUCUAACUUCAUGUUUAGUGGAAGAAUUAGCUUGACUAUUAUUUGCAAAAACCAAUCAGUCUCAAUAAAUUUUGAAAUUGCUGCUGUAAAGAAGUGA